AAUAGGGAAAAAUAAAAAAAGAAGAGUAAAGAUGCUAAAGAGGUUCUAGACGUUUCUACAAAGAAGCUGAAGCAUCCUGUUCCUUCCGUAUUAGAUAACUCUGUCAGCCGCUUGAAGGGUUAAGUUUCUCAGAUCAGCCGCUUGAAGGAUUCUCUCAUUUCAGCCGCUUAAAGGUUUUAUUCUGUUAAAAGCCUGAGACUCUUUUAAUCACUCAUGGCGAUGGAUUUGAAUGCGGAUUUGGAGGAGCUCCGGCACUUACAAUCAAUUGCCAAGAGGCCCAGAGUUGUUUCUUUGCUUUCCAGCGAGAUUCACAAUUUGGAGAAGGCUCAGCGUGCAGUCGAGGAAAGUAAUCAAGUCAAAGCAACACCCAUACAAACACCUCUACAAAUAUCCACUGCAAGAAGUUCAGAGAUUUCCUACACAACAGUUGGAUCAUUCAGCUGGGAUCAAGAAAAUGAGAAAGUCAAGAUAUACGUUUCUCUAGAGGGCGUAAAUCAAGAGCAAGUUGUUUCCAAUUUUCAGCCUUGGUCCUUUGAUGUCAAAUUCCAUGACGUACAGGGGAAAAAUUACCGGUGUGCAGUGCCAAAAUUAAAUAAGGCCAUUGUGCCAGAAAAAUGUCGCCUCACUGUUAAACCUCAUCGUGUUAUCAUUACCCUUCAGAAAGCUGAGAAGGGUAAUUGGCUAGAUUUAUAUUUCAAGGAGGAUAAGUUGAAGCCAAGUCUUGAAAACAAAGCAGACCCGAUGGCAGGAAUAAUGGAUCUAAUGAAGAAUAUGUAUGAUGAGGGUGACGAGGAUAUGAAGAGGACCAUAGCUAAGGCUUGGAGUGAAGCACGGUCUGGGAAGAAAGCUGAUCCACUAAAGGGUUAUGGCAGUGAUCUGUAGCUCCUAGCAAAGCAUUGGUUCAAGGUUAAAGUGUUUUCUAUGGCAUCACGAGGGAAUUGAGAGCUGUUAAAUGUACUUGGUUCUAUUUAGUAUAGGAACGAGAGUAGGACAUAUUGUAGUAUACGGUUUUCACAAUGUAAUAGUCUUUGUCUAGACCUGUUGAUGAUUAUCCAGGGUGUAAGUGGGUCGGUUACUUCACAGGUUCAUUGAUUUCAUUGAGAAUGAGCCUUCCAAAGGUGGAUGUUUUUAUUCAACACGAUUUCAUUGAGAAUGAGCCUUCCAAAGGUGGAUGUUUUUAUUCAACACGAUUUCAAUGAGAUGGUGUAAGUCAAUUAUACAAACAAUACAAGCAGUAUACUGAAUGAUGUUUCCAAGGCCUUGAUCAAGCAACGUCAUAUGCAAUCCAUGCUGUCUUUCUUGUAGGGUAAUUUGUUAAUGGCAGAUACUUGUUUUCGAGCUGUAGUACUAAGAUUUACGAGUCAUGUUUCUGUUUCAUCUGUUAAUUCACUAUGUUAAAGUGAGUUUGCUUGUAUACAGUCAACUUUACGAUAUCGAUCAUUGGAUUUUGGUAGAUAUUUUGUAUUCAAGCUACCCGCAGUAAUGUUUUUAAGGAACUCUUAUCCUUGUUUCA